CUUCCAUAAACUCUUCUUUCUUUAUUUACCAACCAUAUCUCACACCAUGGCUCAAAACCAAAUCCCAUCCAUCUUAAUUUUGUGCCUUGCUGCCUCCAUUUCCAUGACCUUGCUUCUUUCAGUUGAAGCUAAGAAAACCAAGUUCACCCUUUACUUCCAAGACUAUGCUUUUGGUCCUAACACUACCUUUUUCCCCAUUGCCGGCCUCCCCGGCUCGAAACUAAACUACACCGACUUCGGAACGUUCUUUGUCACCGAUGAUAAUAUAACCGCAAUCCCAAACGAGGGUGCCCCGGUGAUCGGCCGAGCUCAGGGGAUCUACGUCGUUACAGAUAAAGGCGGGAAAAACCUCCUCGUCCUCCUAUCUCUGGUGUUUACUAGUGGAACCUACAAUGGGAGCAGCAUCGAGAUCCAAGGGACAAGUAGACAAUUUGACCUAAAUAGAGAGCUUCCAGUCGUUGCUGGGACAGGUAAAUUCCGUUUGACAAGAGGAUAUAUUAACACUGACAACUUCUUUUAUGAUCAAGAAAGAGGAUAUUCCGUUAUCCAAGUCAAUGUCACUUUGGUUUAAUAAUUCUACCCUAAGAAACAUUCUGGGUUCUAAAGUUUGUCUGUUGGUUUUAUGAAUUAUUGCUUUUUUUUUUUUUCCCUGGUAAAUUUCAGAAUAAUCAAGGAGUUAAUAUAAUGGAUCUCCAUGUUAAUUAAUGUUUAAUAUGUACUUUGUUAUGUGAUAAUAAUUUAUUGUAAUGUUUUAUCGUUUAAUAUCCCUGUAUUAUGUUCAAUCAAUUUCUUAAAAG